AUGCGAAGCCCACCGAGCUGCAGUCCCGCAGAGAGGGCAUUGAGGUUUCUGGCCGCUCAGGAGAAAGUAUUGUACACCCAGAUGCCGUAUGCGUACAUCACGCAUGUGCACACCGCCAUUUUCGUUUACUGCAUGCCAAUCCCGUUCUUUCUGGUAAAAGACAACGGGUGGUACACCGUCUUGUUUGUUAUGUUUUAUUGUGAUGUGGUGAUUGGGUUGGAGAACCUUGCCGUGGAGAUCGAGAACCCGUUCGGCACCGACGCCAACGAUUUGCCAAUGGAUGCUUACUGCUGCCAGAUCACGCGGGAUAUUUGUGACAUCGUGAAGCGCCGCCAGGUCCGUACAGCUGAGGCCGGGGACGAAGCCAGGCAAUUCGAAGGAGUACUGAAAUAUGAUGACGAAGACGAGGUUGAGGUUGAAGAUGAGGAAGGCGAUGACGACAGCGACGAUUGA